AUGACUCCCGAAGAACAGUGAGUCCCUCGCUCUCUCGAGGAGACGAGCCUGAGAAGGCCGAAGACUUCAAGUUCCGUGCCGGCGAUCAUGCGAACUGAUCACCACCCACCCGGACACUUCCGUCGUCGUACAAUCUCCCGCACCGACAGAAAAACUUUCGAGAAGCGUGUCGUACGCAAGAUUGGUAAGCCCUACGAUCACAUGUAGUCCCCUUCGCAAGCGUCGCGAACGGAAGUCGACGCGACUCUGAAUGUUUCUCCGGCCUACGGCUUCGAAAAUCCCCUGUACUCUGACACGGCUUGUCCUUUUCUGCUCGCAUCACAGACAUGCGCAUUAUGCCUUUGAUCAUCUUGUCCUACCUCAUCAACUAUCUGGGUCAGUACCUUCUUCUCACCGUGUUGCGCCACCGCCACUCUUCCCGCUUUUCAUCGCCCCUAACUGACCUCUCCCACGAUUACCCUCUGCCAGAUCGAUCCAACUUGGGAAACGCACGCACCCUGAACAGCGACAAGCCUGGAGAGAGUCUCGUCGAAACGCUCAAACUGAGUGGUAUGCGCUACAACAUCGUCGUUGCCAUCUUCUACAUCACCUACGUCCUCUUCGAGUUCCCGUCGACUUUUUUGAUGAAGAAAUUUACGCCGUCGCGAUGGAUCAGGUCAGUUGGGAGGUUUUGACCGGUCAUUUCAGAGAACGGUGUACUAACACAUUUGCUGGGGAAUGUUUAGUCGUAUCAUGGUCACCUGGGGCAUCGUCACGAUCUGCUCGGCCGCGGUCAAGUCUUACACUGGUCUCAUCAUUGCUCGUUUGGCUCUCGGCGUCGCCGAGGCUGGCUUUUUCCCUUGCUGCCUUUACCUCUUCACUUUCUGGUGAGCACUAAGCAAAUACUGGACGAAACCCAAUGGUCAUCAGUAUCUGACGAAGGUCCUCAUUUUCUUUUAUUAGGUAUAAGGCCGAUGAACGAGCCACAAGGAUGGCCUGGUUCGCCGCCUCGGUCGCAGUCAGUGGUGCUUUCGGUGGUGUGAUCGCCACCGGGGUGAGCUACUUGUCGGGCAAAGGCAACCUCUUUGGAUGGCAAUGGCUCGUGAGUUGCGCGUUAUAUUCGGCCGCUUCUCCCACUCGACUUUAAUAUUGAGUCGGGCUUUCUCCCCUCUCCUUCGCGACGGAACAGUUCAUCCUCGAAGGCAUCCCCGCAGUUAUUGUCGGUGUCAUCGUCUGGUUCGCCCUCCCCGACUGGCCUGAAACAGCAACGUUUUUGAACGAGAAGGAGCGCGCGUUCGCCAUGGCCCGUCUCGGCGAUGGCGCCCCUCGCUCGACGGAUGCCCACUUCAACCGCGCCGACUUCUUCGCGACGAUCAAGUCGUGGCAGUUCUACGCUUUUGCGGUCGCUUACUUCUUCAUGGCAAACUCGCUCAAUGCUUUCGGCGUAAGCUCACCUACCAAGCACGCGAGAACGCGAGAACGAGACUGAUUUUUCUCUCGCAUUCGCAAUAGUACUUUGGCCCCACGAUCAUCAAAAACCUCGGCUACCAAGGUGCCAAAGCCCAGCUCAUGACCGUCCCUCCCAACAUCGUCGCCUUCUUCGUGAUCCUCGCGAACGCAAUGCACUCUGACCGAACCCGUGAACGACCCAAGCAUAUCAUCGCCGGUCUCCUCUUCGUCGGAUUGGGUUACAUCCUCCUCGCGACUGUCAAGACGACAGGUGUGCGAUUCUUCGCCGUAUGCUGCAUCGCCUCGACCAACGCGGCUGUGAUGCCUUUCGUAGCAUGGCGUGCAUCGACGGUUCAAGGCGCUACUUCGACGGCAAUUGCUACGGCCUUCACCGUGGCUUUCUCCAACUCGGCAGGUGCAGUCGCUCCUUUCUUGUUCAUCGCCAAGGACGGACCCGACUACACCAAGGGCAAUUGGACGUGUUUCGCCAUGCUCGGUGCCGCAGCUGUCAUCGUGAUGGGUUUGUGGUACUCUUACGGCGCUUCGGCGCAGUAUCAGACCCACGCCAAGAUCGACGAUGACAAGGAGGAUGUGACGGAUGAGGAGGCUGAAGUUGGGCAGGUUCGGACGGUCGCUAACGAUCCGAAGACGAGUACGGGAACAGAUGAGGAACAGGAUUUGGAGAAGUAG